AUGUGCUACAAAGAGAUUACAAAGGAUGUUAGCUUGCAUAUGUUGAUCAAGAAUCUAACUGUAACUAUAAUCCCUAUUUUCCUAAGCCUGUUCAAAUUAUCUCUUCUCUCAGCUUCAUGUUGCAUUGGAUUCCAAAAUGCCUUCAUGCCAAAGUUCGCUAUCUUCAUGUAUUCUUCAAUCUUCAUGCCCCAAGUGAACCGACUUGUUGCAUUCUUUAAACAAUCACCUGCACACACAAAAAAACGCUCUGCUCACGGUGUCAAAAAUUUUCACUCGCAACCUGCACUGAAACUGCAGACCAUGAAAUUGAAAUUGAGCAAUAAAGAUAUUACAAAUUUUCACUGGCCUAGAGCACUGUGGUAUCCCCAUGAUAAUAAGGUGGCUGUUAAAGAACGAGGAAAAUUACCAACAAAAAGAUCCAUGAAAAUUAUUAUGAAAAGCUUGGGUGGCGAGGGGUGUAAACCGCACGUCAAUGCUGAAGAAACUAUCUUUUUUGUUAAAGAAAAGCUUCCAAAAAUCUAG